AUGAUUCAAAAAUCCCACCGGAGCGACCGCCGGUUUCUUGAAUUCCCGGCGGUCCAUCCCUGCGAAGGCAUAUCUCCGGUGACCCUUCUGGAAUCUCUGAUCAAUCUCUCAAAAUCCAUCUGCAUCAUACACCAAUCCAAACCCUUCCCGACCCAUCGAAAAAACGCCCGCGAAACAUCCCGCCAGAUUUCGAUCCUUUCAAUUUUCUUCGAGGAGAUUCGCGACCAACAGCCGGAAAAUUUUUCCGACGGCUCCAUCGUCCUCUGCCUGUCGGAUCUCCACGUGGCGUUACAGAAAAUCCGAUUCUUGUUCGAGGACUGCACGCGGGAUGGCGCAAAGACGCUUAUCUUGAUGAGGUCCCAUUUCGUGACCACCCAAUUUCGGGCCCUUGUUCGGGCCGUGGCAACGGCCUUUGACAUCCUGCCUCUUAGCUCCGUCGAGCUUUCUGGCGAGACUAAGGAGCUCGUCGAGAUGCUCUCCAAGCAGGCCCGCAAGGCGAAAAUCGAAGUCGACCCAGGAGACGAGUGCGCCAUGAAACGGAUGAUUUUAGUCUUGAACCAAUUUGAGAAUAAGCUCGAGCCCGACCCAUUUAUAGCCCGGCGGAUCUUGGCCCAUUUAGGAAUCAAGACAUGGGCCGAGUGCCACGAGGAGGUUAAAUUCUUGGACGAAGAGAUUCGGGCCGAGUAUUCAAACGGUAACGAAAGGGAAAUUCCUCUACUGAGCAGCUUGCUCGGGUUUUUGAGCUAUUGCAGGGGCGUCCUGUUCGACGAAUGCGAUUUCGUGUGUUCUGAAGUGUCCGAGGGGCGAGAUAGUAAUUUCGAGGUGCUGAGCUGUCUGAACUUGGAGGAUUUCCGGUGCCCGAUAUCGUUGGAGCUGAUGACUGAUCCAGUCACUGUGUCCACUGGGCAGACUUACGAUCGUGUCUCUAUUCAGAAAUGGCUUAAGUCGGGCAAUUUGAUCUGCCCGAAAACUGGCGAGAAGCUCACGAGCACUGAUUUGGUACCAAACGCGAGCCUCCGAAAGCUGAUUCAGCAGUUUUGUGCCGAGUACGGCGUUUCCCUCUCGAAAUCGAGGAAAAAGAAUCGGGACAUUUCGAGGACGAUUUUGCCCGGAAGCCCGUCUAACGCUGAGGCGAUUAAGUUUCUGUCCGGAUUUCUUACGGUCAGCUUAGGUUUCGGUAAUGAGAGGCAGAAGAAGAAAGCGGCCCACGAAAUUCGUCUUCUUGCAAAAUCGAAUAUUUAUAACCGAACGUGCUUAAUCGAGUCGGGUGCGAUUUUUCCUCUUCUUGAGCUGCUCUGUUCUGAUGAUCCGGCAAUGCAAGAAAAUGCGAUAUCGGGUUUGCUGAAGCUGUCGAAGCAGCCGAAGGGGGCAAAAUCGAUAAUCGAAAAUGGCGGGUUUAGUUUAGUUCUUCAAGUGCUGAAAAAUGGGCUGACACCCGAAUCCAAGCAAACUGCAGCCGCCACUAUAUUCUACCUCUCGUCAUCUCACGAGAAUCGUAAGCUGAUUGGAGAAAAUAAGGAAACUAUUCCAAGUUUGUUGGAACUGGUCAAAGAAGGGACUUCUUGCGGAAAGAAAAACUCGGUGGUGGCUAUAUUCGCUCUGUUGUUCUACCACAAAAACCGGCAGAGGGCAAUUUUGGCAAAUGCUGUGCCGAUUCUAAUAAAGCUAUUGGAGUUGCCCGAAAGAGCCGAGCUUAAAGCUGAUGCCUUAGCCGUUUUGUCUGCAUUGGCCGAUAGUGUCGAAGGGUCGUUUGAAUUCGUUCGGGCAGAGGGUUUGACUUUGACUUUGAGGUUGUUGCAUUCUAUGGAGACACGCGCGAGUAAAGAAUAUUGUGUCUCGAUUUUGCAUUCUCUGUGCCUUAACUGUGGGCAGGAAGUUGUGAGUGUUUUGGCUAAGGAUGUUUCCCUUAUGCCGGCUCUUUAUACUCUCUUGACGGAUGGGACUUCACACGCUGGUAAGAAAUCGCGCUCGUUGAUCAAGAUUUUGCAGAGGUUUUUCGAGACGAGGUCUUCUUGUUUGGUCCGGGAGGAGAUGAGGCAAGAAGUACAACACGUUGAUGCGCGAUUGAAAAUGGCGACCGAACAACCUAAACCCGCUACAGAGGGAGCAAAGAUCGAUCUUUUCGAAGACGAUGACGAGUUUGAAGAGUUCGAAGUUGAUCAAGAGUGGAAUGAUGACAAAGAAUUAAAAGAAAUUACUCAGCAAUGGGAAGAUGACUGGGAUGAUGAUGAUGUCAAUGAUGACUUCUCUCUUCAGUUGAGGAGGGAACUCGAAGGCAAUGCUGAGAAGAAAUGA